AUGGCCGUUAGUGGACACCCACCACUUUUCACCGUCAUGGUUGCACAUGCAAACUUAACGAUGAAUCAUCACUUCCAGUCACUCCUACCAUUCGGCAGUAUCUACGUGGUGGUUGCCCUCUUGACGGAAGGUCCAGACCGGACAGCAAACGUCGUCGGGCAUGCACAAGGCUUCUACGUCUCGGCCGGUAAAGAACUGUUGAUGGUGCUGAACUGCAUUGAUUAUGGUUUUACGGACGGUGAGUUCAGUGGCAGCUCCACUAGUAUGUUCUCAAGGAACCCGGAGACGUAG